AUGUCGUCGGCAAUCCCAACCUCAUCUGUCAACCCCGUCAAGGGUAUGAGAAAGAACGGCAAAAACUGGCGCGAUUCAAAAAAACCAUUUCGUCCCACUUCAGGCCUGACAAGCUAUGAAAAAAGGUUGGAAGCACGCAAGCAUCAGGAGGCAGUUAAGGAACACGAACGUGAGCUGAGGGAAGAAAAAGAGGCUGAACGGAAGGCCCAAAUACAGAAGAUCAAGGAUCGGAGAGCUGCCAAGGAAGAAAAAGAACGCUACGAGAAAAUGGCAGAGACAAUGCAUCGCAAACGAGUUGAGCGGCUGAAGCGAAGGGAGAAGCGUAAUAAGUUACUCCACUCGUGA